CGGCUGGAAAACUUCAAGUCCACUCGUAGAAUUCGUGAGUUCAAGAGUGUCGAACAUUAGAGUCCAAAAUGAUGGGCAUGUUCUUUCAUUUCGGAGUGACGGAGACUGCCAUUCUAUUCUCCAACUGGCGGACGGAUGAUUGGCAGGGCAUUCUCGGUUCGAUGAUAGGAAUUAUUCUUCUCGGGUCGAUUUACGAGGGUCUGAAGAACUACAGAGAGAAUCUAUUCCUUCGAACAACUCUGAUGAACCGUCAUGCGCUGAAGAAGCCAACUCGAAGGAAAGCCCUUUUUUCCGCUAUUCAUCUACUCCAGACACUCCUCCACAUGAUGCAGUUGAUACUCGGAUAUUUCUUGAUGUUCAUAUUCAUGACUUAUAAUGUCUGGCUGGCACUGGCCGUUGUUAUUGGCACUGGUCUCGGGUAUUGGAUAUUCGCGUGGGAUAAAUGCACCAAUGAACACACUGACUGCUGCGGUUGA